ACCGCCGACCCGAGUUCCGGCUCGCCCCGCCCCGGGUGCGUUCCCCUCGGGACCGGCGGCUUCUUGGUCUCCGGUCAAAACAGAAAAUAAUCGGCCGUUCACCGCCGGCUUUCCUCAAAAUAGGCUCCCCCUAUUUUUGUAUGUUUGGAUUGUUCCGACCCUGAGUGGACGCUACCAUUGUGGUGUCUAGAGGGGUCCAAACCUCAUCCGAAAGAUGGCGCUGGGAGCGAGGCUGCUGCUGUUCGUCCUUCAGCUCAGUCAGGUGGUGACUGAGUAUGGAAUGGUCCACGUCCUAUCUGAUAAGGAACAUGGAAAUACAAAAGAUUACUGCAUCCAGUUCAAUCCCUACUGGGCCUAUUUACCUCAUGAUCUCAGUAAGGCGUCUCUCUUGCAGCUCCAGGACCUGACAUCCUCUGACCUGUGCACACCUUCAGAUGUGCCCUUACAAGGGUUUAGCAAUAGAAUUGCCAUGGUGAUGCGUGGGAACUGUACAUUCUAUGAGAAAGUAAGACUUGCUCAGAUCAAUGGAGCCAAAGGGUUGCUCAUCGUCAGCAGGCAGAGUCUGCAAUACCCAAGAGUCAUACCACCAGCCAACCGAGGAAUUUUGGAAGAUUGUAAACAAUCCAACUAUUAA